AUGAAGCAUCCUUAUCACAUCGUGUCUCUUUCUCCUGACGGAAAGACCAUGUACGCCGCUGCUGCGCGACAGGUGGAUCGAAUCUGCCUCGAGACCGGCGAGUGCAAGUCCACUGUCGUUGAGGAGUCUGCCACUCGAACAACCACCAAAACCGGAGAUAAGCCUGCUGCUGCCAAACGAACCAAGUACCUGCCUACGUCUGUGUCUCAUGUCAGAUCUCUGCAACUUUCCAAGGGCGGAAAGUAUCUGCUGGCCACCACAGACGAGACCAAGUCUCUUGUUCUGCUUGAUCCCACAACCCUUGAAGUGAUCAAGAAGGUGCAAUACCCCAAGAGACCCAGCGCUGUCGCUACUGACAAGGAGGAUCUGAACAUUGUUCUUGGCGACAAGUUCGGAGACGUGUACGGAGAGUCUGUGGAGGAUCUGCUCAAGGUGGAGGGAGAACUCAAAGACGAGCCUGUGCUGGGCCAUGUCUCCAUGCUCACAGCUCUGGAGCUGGGCUACGACUCCAAGGAUCGACCUUACGUCAUUUCUGCCGACCGAGACGAGCACAUUCGAAUCAGUCGGUUCCCCGCUUCCCACGUCAUUGAGCAGUUCUGCUUUGGCCACCAGCAGUUUGUCUCCAGCCUGUUGAUCAACGAUCUCGAUGCCUCCAUUCUCUUCUCUGCCGGUGGAGAUGACGAGAUCUUUGUGUGGGACUGGCUCAAUGGCAAGCAGCUGCAGAAGCUGUCUCUGCGAGAGCACGUCGAGAGCUACCUUAACGAGGCCCACAUUUAUGUCGACAAGAAGGGCGUUGCUACCACCCACAAGGAGAUCACAGUGUCUUCUCUGCAGCAGAUCAAGGACACUCCUUACCUGCUCGUCAACGUCGAGAGCACCAACGCUAUUAUUGUGCUCAAGAUUGUCGACAACAAGCUGGAGGUUGCCUCUGUCUUCGCCACUGAGGCUCAUGUCAUUUCUUUCAGCGUGGCUGGCAACCUCCUGGUGACCUCUGAAGUUGGCUCUGAGGGAGUCAAGGCAUACACCAUCACCGACGGAGUCGUGACCAAGAGUGACAAGGAGAUUCCCUUUGGCUCUUGCGAGUACGAGGACGAUUCCGAGCUCAUUUCUCUCUUCAGCACCAAGUCGUUGCGAAAGCGAGGAGAGUUCUAA